AUGUCAGCAAGACUAUUAACAGCAGCCUUUAGAGGAAUUAACAUACAAACAUAUCCAGCUUCAAUUUAUACACUAUCUACACAUAAUCAAUAAUAAUAACUAGUCAAAGUUAUAAUACCUAAAAAUCUUUUUGAAAUGCCUGUAGUUCACUAUACUGAUUAAUCUAUAGCUAUACUUGAUAAGAAACCUAAUUCUAAAUGA